CGGAUCUUAGACAGGUGUUGUUGCGCUUUGCGGAUCGUCCGAGCGAGGUGCUCUUUAGGCAGCAUGGAACCCGAGAGGACACCCGCACAACCCCGCAGUAGUUUGACACGCGCGCGGCCAGUUUGCAGUUCGACUUAAGGAAUUUCGUUAGGCGGGAAAACACCGGAUCGCCGCAAUGGUGCACCACUCAGGCUCCAUCCAGUCGUUCAAGCAGCAGAAAGGCAUGCACACCAGCAUCAGCGAGAUCCUGAAGGAGAAGAGCCUGAAGCCAUCCCGCCGCAGUCUGCCCUGCCUGGCCCAGAGUCAGACCCAUCCCAUCAACCUCAACCACUUCCUGUCUGUACCUCUGAGCCCGGAGCCCAAAGCCCAAGUAGAGGUUCUGAGUCAGAGCAUCAGCACCUCCUGCAGCCUCCUGCCGCCACAGACAGCAGAGGAUGACAAGGAUGAAUACACGGAAGAGUCCGAGGCAACUGCUUGUGAAGCCAGAAUAGACGGGUCACUUCUGCCUCGAAAGCCCAGCACACGGGCUAAGCUCGAGGCCCGCACAGAUUCCGUCAAGGGCAGGAAUCCGUCAGAUGCAUCUGGACUCUUCUUUCGCGAUGGGAAAAAGCGCAUUGACUACAUCCUGGUUUAUAAGAAGUCCAGUCCGCUGGUGGAAAAAAGGUGUACCUUUGAGAAGAAUUUACGUGCUCAGGGCUUAAUGCUGGAAAAGGAGCCUUCCUUGACGAACAAUGACAUCAUGUUUGUCAAAAUCCACACUCCCUGGGACACGCUUUGCAAAUAUGCAGAGCAGAUGAACAUCCGGAUGCCUUUCAGGAAAAAAUCCCACUUUACAGACUGGAAAAGCAAAACCUUGGGCAGCCGCUUUCAUCUGAGAUGUCGUCAAAUCAAGAGCUGGCUUCCCAGAAAUCCCAUGAAGCUGGACAAGGAGGCGCUGCCUGACCUGGAGGAGACCGACUGCUACACCGCCCCCUUCAGUCGAGCACGCAUGCAUCACUUCACUAUCAACAACAGAGAGACCUUCUUCUCCAACUCGACCAGAAGCAGAAUCGUCCACCAUGUCCUGCAACGCACUAAAUAUGAAGAUGGAAAGUUGAAAAUGGGUAUCAAUCGCUUAUUGGGCAACAACACAUACGAGGCUGCCUUUCCUCCACACGAGGGUGGAUACAAGAGCAGACAUCCCAUUAAGACUCAUGGUGCCCAGAACCACAGGCACCUGCUUUAUGAACGCUGGGCUCGCUGGGGGAUCUGGUACAAGUACCAGCCUCUGGACCUCAUCAGGCGUUACUUUGGAGAGAAAAUCGGUCUUUACUUUGCGUGGUUGGGUUGGUACACCGGCAUGUUGAUCCCCGCUGCUCUGGUUGGCGUGUUUGUCUUCCUCUACGGCCUCUUCACUAUGGACUCCAGCCAAGUCAGCAAAGAAAUUUGUGAAGCGACCACAAUCACUAUGUGUCCAAUGUGUGAGGAAACCUGCAAGCCGUGGAGGCUGAGUGACAGCUGUGUCUAUGCAAAGGUGACCCAUCUGUUUGACAAUGGUGGCACUGUUUUCUUCGCUAUCUUCAUGGCUAUUUGGGCGACUGUCUUCCUGGAGUUCUGGAAGAGGAGGAGGGCUGAACUGACUUAUGACUGGGAUCUCAUUGACUGGGAGGAGGAGGAGGAGGAGCUGCGGCCUCAAUUUGAAGCCAAAUAUUCCAGAGUGGAGCGAGUCAAUCCCAUAUCUGGCAAGCCCGAGCCUUUCCAGCCCCUCUCAGACAAACUCAGCCGGCUCAUGGUGUCUGUGUCCGGAAUCUUCUUCAUGAUUUCGCUGGUCCUGACAGCCGUGUUCGCAGUGGUAGUUUUCCGUCUCAUUGCCAUGGAGAAGUUUGCAUCCUUCAACUGGCAUUUUGUGAAGAAGAACUGGCAGUUCGCCACCUCUGGCACCGGUGUCUGCAUCAACUUCAUGAUCAUCAUGUCGCUCAACGUGGUGUAUGAAAAGGUGGCCUAUCUGCUGACAAAUUUAGAGCAUCCAAGGACAGAGUCUGAAUGGGAGAACAGUUUUGCUCUCAAAAUGUUCCUCUUCCAAUUUGUUAACUUGAACAGUUCCACGUUCUACAUUGCAUUCUUUCUGGGAAGGUUCGCUGGCAGGCCUGGAAAAUACAAUAAACUCUUUAAUCGGUGGCGACUGGAGGAGUGUCACCCCAGUGGCUGCUUGAUUGAUCUGUGCCUGCAAAUGGGUGUCAUCAUGUUUUUCAAACAAAUCUGGAAUAACUUCAUGGAACUUGGUUAUCCUUUGCUGCAGAACUGGUGGUCCCGUAGGAAGAUGAAGAAAGGUGGUGGCACCGCGGGGCAGAAUGUGGAGAAUAAAAGUCAGCUACCUCAAUGGGACAGAGACUGGAAUCUGCAGCCUAUGAACGCGCACGGCCUUGUGGAUGAGUACCUUGAAAUGGUCCUCCAGUUUGGCUUCACCACCAUCUUUGUCGCUGCGUUCCCGUUGGCUCCGCUCCUGGCUCUGCUCAACAACAUCAUCGAGAUCCGUCUCGACGCCUACAAGUUUGUCACCCAGUGGAGGAGACCCAUGCCUGCCCGGGCCACAGAUAUCGGUAUCUGGCACGGGAUCCUUGAAGGUAUCGGCGUGCUCGCUGUCAUCACCAACGCCUUUGUCAUCGCCAUCACCUCAGACUACAUCCCUCGUUUUGUAUAUGCCUUCAAAUACGGCCCCUGCAUGGACAGGGCGUACCGGCACGAUGAUGAGUGUUUGCGAGGCUACAUGAACAGCAGCCUGUCUGUGUUUGACAUGAGCGUGCUGAAGAACAGCAGUGAGUCGGAAUACUGCAGAUACCGAGACUACAGAGCUCCGCCCUGGAGCAAGGUGCCCUACGAGUUCACUCUGCAGUUCUGGCACGUCCUGGCUGCCAGACUGGCCUUCAUCAUCGUCUUUGAGCACCUGGUGUUUGGCAUCAAAUCCUUCAUUGCGUACCUCAUUCCGGACAUGCCCAAGGACCUUUGUGACCGGAUGCGCAGGGAGAAGUACCUCAUGCAGGAGAUGAUGUACGAGGCGGAGCUGGAGCACCUGCAGAAGGAGCGCAAGAAGAACGGACUGCGUUAUCACCACGAGUGGCCUUAACUUUUUAAACCCUCACAUGUACACCCCCCGCAGCCCCUCCUAAAACGACAUCCAGCCUUCCACGCCUGCCUGUUUAACCUUCAGCAGAUUCACCAAAGACUUCACAUAUGACGACACCCCCACCACUCUAAAGCUGCUUCACCCUGAACACUCCCUCCCUCGCCAUCUGUUGCAGAGUUGGCGCCACCCUCGUGUUCCACCACCCUCCUCGGUCCAUCGCCUGGCUUCCUGCGGCAGCUUCUUCCCACCUCAAUCUCCCCCCCAUCCUCCUUCUGCUGUGUGUCAUGGCCUCACUACCAUCUGUAAUGUUUACUAUGCAGAUGAAGGGCUGCAAGCGGUUCCCUUCGUCAGCCAUCUCUCUCUCUCUCUCUCUCUCUCUCUCUCGCUCUCUCUCUCUCUCUGUGUGGCAGCUAGCACUCGUCUGCUUGGACUCGCCGCAUGUUUUUCGUUUUCUCGCCGAGCAUCAGCAGAACCGCGGUGGUUCGCGCUCGUUUUCCAAAUAGAACGGACGACGUUCCUGCAAAAGUGACUGCAUAUCGCCCUCAAAGCAUGCUGAAUACUCUUUGUGGCAAGAUGUAAAGCAACAGCACUCAUCAUGGAGAAAUGUCCACGGCAGCCUAGAAAGUGCAUGGUAGUGUUGUUGUUGUAUCCCUUCUCGGUGCCUGGUUUGUGUGAGCUGUGCGCGUGCGUUUGUUUGUUGUACUACUGUUGAGCUUGACUGCCUUGAGUUCGCCGGAUGUGAACUUUUCGCGAUAUGAUUGUGCCUCCAGUUGUGCGCCGACAUCACGUGUGCCUGUUUGUGCUGCACAUUCGCUUUUAAAGUGCAACGCGUCCUCUCUCCGACUCUUAACUUGCUCUGUUGAAGAAACUUUUAGACGCUGGAGCGAGUUUGUUUUGGACGUGACUCACACGCACUUAGGUACCCACUGCGGGUCUAAUGGCUCUAAAACAACAGUGUCUGUUGAUACAUAGCUCCUAUUAUGAGCGACGUAUGCACGAUGGAGCUGCAAAUCUGCUUUCCCCUCCACUUUCUACGCUCAUGGCCUGUUUUUCAUUUGUUAUUGGAAGGGCUGGAGCAUGGUUGAAACUUGGAUGGUUUGGACAUACCUGUGGCUUGGAUGUUCGCUGCACAAAGAACAUCGAUCCACUGUUGCUCCCUCACGAAAAGAAAGAAAAAAAAAAGCACUUACACAUAUAUUCUCGAGCAAAGAAUCCCAGCCAGCCGCGGUUUUAGCUCCGCUGUGACGCUAAUUGUUCUAAAAGUUUCAAAAUUUGGUCGUUCCAAAGAAAAGUCGCCUGUCAACGUCUUUACCAGUGCGCAACGACUUGGGAAAGAGGAGUGACACAUUUUGAGGCAAAACCACAAGCAGUCAAAUUACAAACCAAAAUAUACUGUCUAAUUUCCAGUUAGAAUACUGUAUGUCUUUAUACAAACAUUUAUAUAUACAAAGCAAAACGGUCAACAAAAUAACUAGGUCAGGAUGUUAAUUGCUUUGCUGGUCAAUUUCUCUUGCACAACUUCAAUUCCGGUGAGGGUUUUCGUCAACGGUGACUAAAACGUGACGAGACGUCUGUGAGUUGACGAGACGAGACUGGACAAAAAUCUUCGUGGGUAGUCUGCCAGACGAUCACAAUGCUGCUGUUCAUCGGAAGAUCUUGUGUGUGUUAGAAGUUCUUGUGUGUGUGUGUGUGUGUGUGUGUCUGCGUAUUUUUUUUGUGCUCAUUGAAUAUCGAAUGCUAAUGACGAAGUUUUUGCGACUUUUUUGUUUUAAUCUGUCGGGGAAAAAAAUUAUAUUGCAGAUGCAAGAACUAACUCUAGGCCGGUCCAAAAUAUUAUUGUUGCUUUGAACCCCUUUUCUUUUCUCUUGUUAUUUCUAGUAAUAGGUAAUCAUUUUCUAUUUUGACUGGAAAUGCGAUAAGUAUACAUGUUCGGGUUUUGACUUUUACCUCAAAGUGUGUAAUGACAGCUGCAUUGGAGCCGAAACCCCAACAGACGUGAUAUUUUGAAGACAGAUGGCCCACAAUUUCCAAAAUAAAUGUUACAUUUACACAAAGCAAACGAGGGACAAAAAGAAAACCAAUACUGGUUCACAGCCCUUGGGAAAGAGAUUUUGUACUGUUCAUUUGUUUCUGUCAAGUAAUCGAAUUAUGUUGUCGUUCCAUGUGUGGAUAGGGUUCAUAAUGUCUUUAUUAAUGUUCCUGUUAUUUGUUUUGUUUCGGGUUUUUUUUUUUUUUUUUUUUUGCUUUUUUGCUACUUGUACUCACCCACAGAUGUCCUGUCUGCAUUUCUCAGGUGUCCUCUGAAUGUUUGCUGAUGAUCAACUUUUCAUAUUUUCUACAAUGGUCCAUAUGCAAUGAUGCACCCACCUAAAUCUUUUUUAGUUUUUUUUUUGUUUGUUUGUUUGUUUGUUCUUUUGGGGGGUUUAUAAGGUAAUCUUCAUCAUAUUCCUUCUGACAUUUAACGUCCAUUCCAAAAACCAAAAAAAAAAAGGAACAACAAAAGAUAUUGCUUUCAUGCUAUUCUAUCAGAUAAUUUCAUUUUAAAUCGUCGUCCCCCCUACUAGAGAGAGACUCUAAUCUUGAGGAAGCUAGUCCAGGUUCCCUGCUAUGUGAAGACUGAAAAUCUAUGCAUGUUGUAAUCCUUGUACAGUCCAGUUUGCAUGAUUUCGUGCCUCCUUUGGGCAGCUCUAACAUCAGUAAGUUUGUCUUUAAAAACAUAUCACAAACACAACAUUUUUUCAACACUGAGGAUUUUGGAAAGCCCAGAAAAGACUCAUGUUUGCUGGAGGGAGUGAAUUUUAUACAGGGCCGCUAUUUUCUAGAUCAAAAAACAAACACAUGAACAGUUAAUAAAUCAAAGGUAAGUUUUACAAAUCUAGCCCGGCCCCCCUCCCCCUCCUAACUGUCAUGGAUGAGCUCCUUCACACAAGUAUGACGCCUGCACAGUGAAAAGAACGGUGUUCCUAAUGCCUCCUACUGCUGUUGGCAAUAGCACAAAGCGAGUGUUGUAAUGAUUACUGGGAAUAGCUUGACAUUGCGCUCUCUGAAAACUUUUGAGUGGAAUUUACUUGAGAAGUGGAUGCAGAGACACAGAAGUGUUAGCCCAUGCAUUUGGAUGAGCGGUAGGAUAUGACAUGAGUGUAUUCGUAACAUGGUUUACUUCGUUCUUGUUUACAUGUAAAAAAAUAAAUAUAUAUAUACUGUAUUGAAAUGUAUAAAAACAAUGUAACAUAAGGUAAUUUGGAUAUCACUCUUUUCUGUAAUAAACCAUUGAUUGUAUCUUUUAAA